AUGAAUUUUAGUUCUCUAGAGAAUGCUUUCUCUUUACCAAAGUCACUUUUGCCAAAUGAAGCAUCACCCGAGUGGAACAACAAGGCAGAUAAUGCAUGGCAACUAACUGCAGCAACAUUAGUGGGCCUUCAAAGUGUUCCCGGGCUUGUUGUACUUUAUGGUAGCAUGGUUAAAAGAAAAUGGGCCGUGAAUUCUGCUUUCAUGGCCCUCUAUGCUUUUGCUGCUGUACUUGUUUGUUGGGUCAUGUGGGCCCAUAGAAUGGCAUUUGGGACCAAGCUUAUGCCAUUUGUGGGAAAGCCCAAUCAUGCUUUGGCUGAUGGGUUUUUACUUGCUAAGUCAAUACAUGGUUCUUUUCCAAUGGCUGACUUUGUACUAUAUCAAUUUGCUUUUGCUGCAAUUACUGUCGUGUUGCUUGCUGGGUCUUUGCUUGGGAGAAUGAAUUUCCAUGCAUGGAUGCUGUUUGUGCCUAUGUGGCUUACACUUUCUUACACCAUUGGUGCCUUCAGUAUAUGGGGCAAUGGCUUCCUUCAACCAAAAAUAAUUGAUUAUGCUGGUGGCUUUGUCAUUCAUCUAUCUUCUGGCGUCGCAGGUUUCACGGCUGCUUAUUGGGUUGGUCCAAGAAUUUCGCAUGACAGGCAAAACUUCCCACCAAAUAAUAUAAUUCACAUGCUUGGAGGUGCAGGGUUUCUAUGGAUGGGUUGGACAGGUUUUAAUGGUGGGGCUCCAUUUCAAGUGGGAGAGACUGCAUCCUUGGCAAUCUUCAACACUCAUCUAUGCACUGCCACAAGCCUACUUGUUUGGCUUUCCCUUGACAUGAUUGUAUAUCACAAGAGCUCAGUCAUAGGUGCUGUCCAGGGAAUGAUCACUGGCCUUGUUUGCAUCACACCAGGUGCAGGGUUGGUGGAUUCAUGGGCAGCAGUAUUGAUGGGAGCUUCGUCUGGUUCUAUUCCAUGGUACACCAUGAUGGUGUUGCAUAGGAGAUCAACGUUUUUUCAAAGCGUGGAUGAUACAUUAGGAGUUUUUCACACUCAUGCUGUGGCUGGUAUUCUUGGGGGUCUCCUUUCUGGUGUGUUUGCCAAACCCAAACUUUUGAGGAUGAUGUAUGGCCCUGGAAUGCCUUAUGGUCCUGGUUUAUUCUAUAGCUUUUUUGAAGACAAAUUGGGUCAAGGGUUCAAGCAAAUAUGGUACCAGUUACUAGGAGCAGCUUUUGUUACUGUUUGGAAUGCCAUUGUUACUAGCAUCAUCUGUAUUCUUAUAAGCCGCAUUGUUGAUCUUAGGAUGCAGGAAGAGGAUCUUGAAGUUGGUGAUGAUGCUGUUCAUGGGGAAGAAGCUUAUGCAUUGUGGGGAGAUGGAGAGAGAAUGCGAUUCCCUAUUCGUCUUCACAUAAGUCCUACAAUUCCUUCCAUAUGCCGGCGAAGGACUUCGAUUCCUGUCACUAUAAAUGAAAUGGAAGAAUAG